CAGUGCAGUGUGUAAAGCUCUGCGCCUCUAGUAUACACUGUACACCGUAUAUCUAUAUAUCUACCUGUAUACAUAAUAGUCGCGGGAUGCGCCGCGGCUGCCGCAGUUCAUAAUCGCAGUCAUGCUGCCGUGCUGCUCCGCGUAACAGAAUGCAAUAGACGGAGGCGCAGAGAAAAGCGUGAGUAAAUGUUGGAGGGUUAUCGUCGCGAGGAUCGGUGACGCGCAGCUAGGUGUCGGCAGCUCUGGUCUCGUCGUCGUCGCCGAGGAUGAACGUCGGCGAGGAGCAGCAGUGUUAGUGCUUGCUUGCGCUACGAAGAAAGCCUGCAGAGAAGUCAAGCGAGCCUAGCUGCCUCGACGAGCACACGUAACGAUGCCACCCUUGACGCUCGGCAAUGAAAAAAACAACAGCGGCGGCGACGCGGCCAAGCAACGACCAGCCGGCGUCGAGUUCGCCUUCGCAGCGGCGUCGGGAGUCUGCGCGGGCUGCUUCACCAACCCCAUCGACGUGGUGAAGAUCCGACUGCAGCUGCAGGGCGAGUUGGCGGCCCGGGGCUCCUACCAGCCCAUCUACCGCAACACCUUCCACGCGGCCUACCUCAUAGCCCGGCACGAGGGCAUCCUCGCCCUCCAGUCGGGCAUCGCCCCGGCGCUCUGCUUCCAGGUCUUUCUCAACGGCACCCGCCUCGGCUCCUACUACUUCGCCAAGAACAAGGGCUUCAUACUGAACGAGCUCGGCGAGACGAGCGUCUGGAAGACGGCCCUCUGGUCGGGCUUCGCCGGGGCCACGGGCGCCGUCGUGGGCAGUCCCUUCUACAUGGUCAAGACGCAGCUGCAGUCCCAGUCGGCCAAGAACAUAUCGGUCGGCUACCAGCACCACUACAGCGGCGCCUUCGACGCCUUCCGACAGGUGUGGCGCGAGGCCGGCUUCUGGGGCCUCUAUCGCGGCUGGUACGCGAAUCUGCCCAAGACCUUUGUCGGCUCCGCCACGCAGAUCACCGUCUUUGGCCUCGUCACGGAUUGGCUUCGCACUUUGGAGCUCUUUCAGAACAAACCCCUGUUUCUGACUUUCGUCGGCUCGCUGUGCAGCGGCUGCUGUUUGGCCGUCGUGAUGCAGCCCUUCGACGUCAUAUCCACGCGACUCUACAACCAAGGCACGGACCCCCAAGGCAAGGGCAUCUACUACAGCGGCCUCUUCGACGCCCUCUACAAAGUCUUCAAGAUCGAGGGCGCUUGGGGCCUCUACAAGGGCAUAUUUCCCACUCUGAUGAGGAGCGCGCCCCACGUCAUACUCUGCCAAGUCUUUUACGAGAGAAUAUCCCAGUUGUACGACGAUUUUCAUUGAUUCGCCCUUGCUGUUCGUUUUCUAUUGUAGUCACUGUGAUACAUAUCAUCCAAGAACGAAAAACAAAAAAAUAGUGGAAACCUCGACAGGAGAGACUGUUUGCUGGAAUAUUGUGCAUUGUGAACGAACCCUUUGAUGCCUUUGAGGACGAUUUUUCUUUCGGUUUAACUAGAGAAAAGUGUCCCCGUCGCGAGAUUCUUCUUGUUGAAUGCAACGAUGUUUUGUGCAAUCAUUAACGAAUCAGCUGAAAUUUUUAACUCCGAGUCUCGUGUAGACGUUAACAUAGAGAAUCCUAGUGCAUAUAUUUAUUAAAGUGUUGUCCAGUUCGCGAAUUAUUGUGUAUGUUGUGCAUUUGUAUUUUAAAAAUUUUAGAUUUUUAGCGUGUUAAACGUGUCGAAUUAUAAGAAAUUGUUAGGGACAUUUGAGAAUGUCGCUUUGUUGAAUAAAUUAUCAGAGAACUCCUUUUUAUAUUGAAUAAA